CCUGGGCCCUCUCUUUCUCCUACUCGUUUCUACUCCAGCAGUCCCCCUAGCAAGCAGAUCGAAAGAGUUUCCCUCUCGCCCCUCGGCCGAACAACAAGCCACUGACUGCUCUCGUCAGUCGACGUUGAAGACUGCUACGUACAUAAUAUACGCGUGUAAAUGCCGACACAAUUCGGUUUCGACUGCUCGCACUCCGCUUCAUCAUACGAUCCAUCUUGCACGUUGUAAUCGAGAAAAAAAGUGCCGCGCGGACAGACAGGAGAUAGAAGGAAAGAGAGAGAGAGGGCGCGAAGAGGGUUAGGUAGGAGAAGGAGAGAAAGAGGGAGCUCGUAGCACGCCGGAGAAGUUCAAGGUGUUGCACAAUUAUUCUGCGUCAGGUUGCGCGUUUUCUCACCGAGAGAUCCUCGUCUGACGGAGGAUAUCGCGGAAUUGACAGUGAGUAUCGCAGCUCCGAUACGCAGGUGGCUAUUCAGAGCGGACCUAACGAAAAAGAGCGCGCGUCUUUCUUCGACUUCGGUCCUAUGUAAAUAACGAACGGGAAGAGAUCUGGCGCGAAAGGAAGGAUUGUCGUACGAUUGUAAUCGGCCCAGAAAACGCGUACCAAUCGAUCGUUUAAAAAAUGUCGAUAAUAGAAGCAUCUCGAAGUUGAUUUCCCGAAGAAAAACGCAGACCUAUGUACAAGGCCUGGAGCCGUAAAUAAGGUCUGCUCUCGAUCUCGUUCGAACGUGGUUCGGUGACCGAUCGCAGGCGCGCGUGUGUUCUCUUCGCCCCGGAGAAGCAACAGAAACGUCGACUGCAGGCAGCAGGAGUAGGGUGGAAGAAAAGGAAGAAGGACGCUGAAGGAGAAGGAGAAACGGGAGAAAAGGAAAAGAGGGAGGCACGCCGCGUGGACACAGACCCGUGUACAGAUCGUGUGUCUGUUUCGUUUCGUUUUACCGCUUUUCAAGCCUAAGCCACGGGAGAUGAGGACUCGCGGAAGUUUCAGUUGAUACAGAUUCGAUACGUGUUGUCUUUUUUCUUUUGUUUAUCCUUGUAUGAACGAAAUCCGGCCACGUGGGAAUACAAAUCGUGUGAAAGAGAAGGACGCAUAUCUGUUGACUAGGACUGUAAACAACGCGCCGUUCGACGACGGGACAGAGUAAUCAUGUACAAGUUAUUAGGAAGCCUCGGACAAUAUCUAAAAUGGCAGGAGAUCUCAACGGAUUCAAUGGUGUUUCGGUUGCACAAUCAUUUCACAACGGUGCUGCUUUUCACGUGUUCGGUGAUAAUCACGGCCACCCAAUACGUGGGUAAUCCGAUCUCAUGUAUCGUUCAGGGUUUACCCACACACCCUAUUAACACUUAUUGCUGGAUAACGUCUACGUUUACUAUGCCGGACGCAUUCAAUCGGCAGGUUGGCGUGGAGGUGGCUCAUCCAGGAGUGGCGAACGACUUCGGUGACGUUGACGCGAGGAAAUACUACACUUAUUACCAAUGGGUGUGCUUCGUGUUGUUCUUUCAGGCGAUAAUGUGCUACGUACCCCAAUGGCUAUGGAACAUGUGGGAGGGCGGUUUGAUUACCGCGCUGGUUAUGGGCAUGAAUCACGGACUGGAUCGCGAGGAUAAUAUUCACAAGAAAAAGUCCAUGUUAAUGGAUUAUCUCAUGCAAUACAGAAGGACGCACAACAUGUAUGUGUACCGGUACUUCGCCUGCGAAGCGCUGUGUCUCAUCAACAUAUUCCUUCAACUUUAUCUGAUGAAUCGAUUCUUCGAUGGCGAGUUUCUCAGCUAUGGUCUGCGAGUGCUCCAAUUCUCCGAUGCUCCCCAAGAGGAACGCAUGGACCCCAUGGUUUAUGUCUUCCCGCGAGUAACCAAGUGCAUCUUCCACAAAUACGGUGCGUCAGGGACCAUACAGAAGCACGAUUCUCUGUGUAUUCUUCCGUUGAACAUCGUCAACGAGAAGACAUACAUUUUCAUCUGGUUUUGGUUCACGAUCCUCUCGAUCCUGUUGCUCGGCCUGAUGGUUUACAGAGCAGCCAUUAUUUUCGCGCCAGCGGUCAGACCGAGAUUGCUUCACCUGUCCGCACGAUCCCUUAGCAUCGAAACCUGCAACAGCAUCAGCAAGAAGAUUGAUCUCGGCGAUUGGUGGCUGCUCUACAUUCUCUCAUCUAACAUGGAUUCGGUGAUUUACAGGGAUUUCCUGCAGGAGCUUACCAAGAAGAUGAGCGAUGUGCAGUCGGUCACUGCUUAGAUCUAUUAUGAUAUAUUAUAAUUAAAAAAUUUAAAGAUAACGAUUAAAAGGCAUCAGUAAGUACUGAUUCGUUGAUUGAUCGUUAGUAUGGGCUCGUUUGCCUCGUUUUUUGGGGGGAAAAUUCUUUUCUUAUUCGGAUGAAGAAUUUUCGGAUGUGUUGAAGGAUAUUAUAGAGUGUAUAUCUCAAAGAGCGACAAAACUUUUAAUGAAAACCAUUGACAAUUUCAAAAUAAACGUUCAUGUGAUGAACGACGAACAUAAUGACCAUGAUGAAACAAAUCAUUAUUUGUAUAGUAUCGAAACGUGGUAAAUCCAAUUUAUUAAGUUACAUAUUUUUAAGCGAAUUCCGGAAAUUUCGUUUAAUUACAGCAGUGCGGUAUUCGUGAAUAGGUCAAUUUACUUUCGUAAGACGCGAUAAUUGCUUUAACAAGGUAUCGCACAUGCAAUAUUGCAAACGCAACGUUGAUCCAAAACAAUGCGGAUGUUAUUUGAAUAAUUUCACUAUUGAAAUGAUCAGUGUUUUUCGCUAAAAACUUUGUUGAGGCUUUCUAAGCACUCUACCAAUAGUGUUUGCAUUUAUAUGGAAGCGUUAAGAAAAUUUAUUGAGAUUCUCUCUUAGCUAGCGCCUGAUGGGAACAAUUGCUAUGUACGAGUGAUGUAUUAGGCACAGUAGUUGUAGACACGCGAUGACACUUUCGAUGCCGCGGAAAAGUAACCGCUUUAGGAUCUCGUGUGUGCAUGAAUGUAAAGAUGUAUGGGUGCGUAUGUGUGCAAAUGUUAUGGCCGCGCGUGUUUUGUGCUACGCGCGGAAUCGUCAUCGUUUUUCUUAUCGGUUUAAUCCGAGUAGAAUUGUUCCGUAUUUUUUUCAUUUAGUGUUCGUUCUCCAAAGCAAACGGACCUAUUUUAUUUUGUUUGAGAAGAAUUGCUCAAACCGAAUCGUUUCCGUUUAGUAUUUAGAGAAAUUAUUGAUCGCGAAGAUCUUGGUCGUGAAAAGAUCAGCUAAUUACUAUGCAGCGUUUUUCUACUAUGAGAUCAUCCCGGAUUUUUCUUUCAAACGCACCGAUCCCGCGAUCGUGACAGCAUGUAUAUGUCGCGUGUCGUAAGAGACGCUAUUAUCAUACAUUCCCGCGUAGUGUAUUCAUAUCGAUUUAUUCAAUUUCUUUUCCUUAUUUCUUCUUCGGUCUCGAUAAAAACGUAUACAUGUAUUUUUUUUUGCUUUAAGAUUUUAGUAUAGCGAAUAUUUUAACAUAUGCUUUAUGUUAAAAUUUUUGGAAAAUAAUUUAAGGCGAGGUUGGAUAAUUGUAGUGCUGGGUAAAAUUAUAACGAUUUUAUCUGAGAAAAAUUUUGUCCAAUGGAUCUGUUAUCCUGCGAGGGAAAUGCAAUAUUUUUUCAUUAAAUAAAAUUAUCGAUUGGAACGGUUUGUAAAAGUCAUAAAGUUGUUAUAAUUUUGUCCGAUGCCGUGUAUACAAAAGACGCAUGUUAUAGAAACUUCAAGUAUAUCGACUAUUUACCUACUUGUGUUCCAUCGGUGAUGAAACAUUGCCGAAGAAAACUUGUAUUAGAAGUUAUAUACUUCCUUUCAGCAAAUGUAUACUUUACACUAUAUUUUAAUUAAUUACUACAUCCCGAUAUGCCAGAUGUUAAACGAAUUGUAUCAUAUAUUAUAUGUAUGUAUUUCCGCAUGGAAAACAAGAACUGAGGAACAAAAAGACGAGCCUUUGAAAGACAGACUUUUAAACGGUCCUAUGUCACUUUAGAUGAUUAAUAGAUUAUUAAAUGAGAGAGUAAGAGAAUCUAAGAUUGACAAAGACGGAUAAUGUUUUAUACAAGUAUACUUUAUACGAUUUAUAUUUAAUCCUUGUGUCAAUAAUUGUACCCGGAUCACGCCUUUGAACUCGUUUGAACAAAUUUUUUACGCUUCUCUUGAAGUAUUGUAAGACUGUUCAGGAUUCCAUUUAUUUGGGUAGUUUUACAUUUAUUUUUCACUUGUGGAAUGAAAUUGUACGCAAGAAGGUUUUGUGCGCGAAGACUUCCAAGCUCAAACGUAUCUAUAAACUCAUUCCACUACCGGGUAUCUAUGUAACAAAGGAAUAUAAAAAUAAAGAUAUUUAUGUUCAUAAUGGAAUCUCUUGUAUUUAAAGGAAUUAAUAAAACAACCACCAUUUAUGUGGUGACAUUA